UCAGCCAGUCAGCAAGCCUCGCCGGGGGAAGCGCCAGUUACCUCUACUUACACUCACAUAUACAUUUAAACAGUCAGUCAGUGGCCAUCAACGUCUUACUGAAGUGAUAUCCGGCUAUUCAAGAGUUAAGAGGCGUCAGUCACAUCAACCGUUGACGCACACACGUACAUACACACACAGUUAAUUUAGUCAGUCAUCGAAGUGAUAUAGAAGUGAAGUCAUCAAUAAGUGUCAUCUUCAUCAGGAAAGCGUCAAGAACCACCCACCCACACCCACACCCGUACAUACACACACAUUUUUUUUUUAGUAGUUAAGUCAGUCAUCGAAGUGGUAUAAAAGUCGUAAAGUCAUCAAUAACGUCAUCUUCAUCAGUCACACCCACAAACAUACAUAAACACAGUUAGUUUAGUCAGUCAUCGAAGUUAUCAAUAAGUGUCAUCUUCAUCAGGAAAACGUCAGGACACACCCACACCCACCCACACACGUACAUACACACACAGUUAGUUUAGUCAGUCAUCGGAGUGGUACAGAAGUCGUCAAGUCAUCAAUAAUCGUCAUCUUCGUCAGGACCCAAAACUCACACCCACUCACAUUCUUCAGUAAUUUAAGUCACAAUGGUGGUGGGUCGCAACAACAAAGACAAAAUGAAGGACCAACAAAUGGCGGCGAGGAAAAAGGCGGAGGCGCAGCAGUUGCAGUUAGAGUUAGACAGCGAUAGAGACUGGACCAACAUAUGCAAGCGACCGGGACUGCUGGUGGUGGACGUAUACAGCGAGUGGUGCGGGCCGUGUUCCAGCAUGAUCGGUCACCUCAGAAGAAUAAAACUUGAGCUGGGAGACGAGUACCUCACCCUGGCUGUGGCAAACGCGGACAGCAUCGAAAUAUUGGCCAACUUCAGAGGAAAAGCAGAACCCACCUGGCUGAUCCUGGGGUCGGGCAAGGCCAUGGCGGUGGUGCACGGCGCUGAUGGUCCUCGGCUACUCAACCAGGUACGACGACUCCUGAAGAUAGAGGUGGCGGCGCUGAAGGGGAAAGGAGAGCGGCAGGUGAUGUUGCUGGACUCCCUGGUGAAGCCCGAAGAGGUGAUUGAACCUGACGAAGACCUGGACGAUGUGGAGGGUGAAAUUAAUAACCAUGACGACAGCGAGGUGGCGUCUGUGGUCUCCGAGGCUGAGCUCCAGACCGGCGUGAUCUUCAUCCUGCCCCACAUCAUCUCCCACGACCAGGCCGAGACCUUCCUCUCCAACGUGGUGGCGCUAGGGUUCGAGAUAGUGGGGCACAUUCAAGAGGAGCUGUCGCGGGAGGACCUCCACGCCCUCCUCUUCCCGUCUGAAGGCGAGGAGCAGGAGGCGGGGAGCGAGGAAGGAGGAGAGAAGGAGAGCGCGGAGGGGGAGGGGACGCCGGCGGAGGGGACGGCGGAGGGGGCGGCGGAGGGGAACGGUGGUGGCGGCGGCGGAGGGGAGGAAGGGGAGACUGAAGAGGAUUUACAGCACUGGGAGGAGGAAUUGGGACAUGGACCCCUCUACGUAUUACUGCUUAAGGUGGAGGAGGGCAGCGUGGUGACGGCCUGGUACCAAGUGCUGGGGCCGCCUGACCUGGAGAAGGCCCGCACGGAGGAGCCUGACUCACUCGUGGCGCAGUUCGGGGAGGAGGAGCACGUGGUCCCGGCGUGGCUCCCUCGGGGGCGCCAACUUCAGGAGCGGCUCACGGCAAGGUUCUUCCCGCCGCCCCCCGACGCCUCCGUGCCCCGCCUCCUGCUGCUGCCCGACACCGACCAUCACGAGGUGCUGGAACGGAUGGGCGUGGGCGGCGUGCGCGUCCUGGCCCACACGCAGGCAACCCUCUCGCAGGAUGCCCUCCAGAGUGUGCCCAGCCUGGCGGCCUCACAGACACUCAUGGGUGCCGCGGGAUCGGUGGUGCUGGCGGUGGCUGUGUCGGGGGAGGGUACGGAGGAGUGUGUCAGCGAGUAUUCUCCUCUCCACCUCACCUCCGACUCCUCCAACGCCAAGGCUGAGGUGGAGCUCUUCUUCCCGGACCUCCUCACGCCACAGGAGCAGGAGGAGGAGCCGCAGACGCAGAUGCAAAUCGAGCAGAGCAAGGAAGGCGACGCGGCAUCUUGAAUUUCCCGCCUCGCCACUUGUACGCAAAACAAACGACGUGGCGGAUGGACGGACGGACAGCUGAUUGGUGCGUUCGAGACUGGCUUACUGGAUGGCUGUCAUGUUUUGUUUUCUCUAUUUUUUUUCGUUUUCUUUUUUAACUGAGUCUGAAAUGUGAAAAAAACGUGUUGUUAUUAUUUUGUUCGUGGUUAUGCUCAUUUUUUCUUCUUUUCGUGAGUCUGAAAUGUGAAGAAAAAGUAUUGGUAUUAUUUUGUUCGUGGUUCUGUACAUUUUCUUCUUCUUUUCCUGAGUCUGAAAUGUAAAGAAAAAGUGUUAUUAUUAUUUUGUUUGUGGUUCUGUUAAUUUUCUUCUUUUUUUGAGUCUGAAAUGUGAUAAAAAGUGCUAUUGUUAUUUUGUUUAUGGUUCUGUUCAUUUUUUCUUCUUUUCCUGAGUCUGAAAUGUGAAAAAAAGUGUUGGUAUUAUUUUGUUCGUGGUUCUAUACAUUUUUUUCUUCUUUUCCUGAGUCUGAAAUGUGAAAAAAGUGUUAUUAUUAUUUUGUUCGUGGUUCUGUACAUUUUUUUCUUUUCCUGAGUGUGAAAUGUGAAAAAAAAGUGUUAGUAUCAUUUUUUUCGUGGUUCUGUUAAUUUUUUCUUCUUUUCCUGAGUCUGAAAUGUGAAAAAAAGUGUUAUUAUUAUUUUGUUCGUGGUUCUGUUCAUUUUUCCUUCUUUUUCUGAGGUUGAAAUGUGAAGAAAAAAGGUGGUUAUUAUUUUUUUUCUAUUUACGUUUUUUUCUUUUCCUGGGACUGAAAUGUGAAGGAAAAAUGGCUAUUAUUUUUUUAUUUACUGUUUUCUUAUUUUUUCCUGAGGCUGAAAUGAAAAGAAAAUGUGUUAUUAGUUUUUUUUUAUUUACCGAUUUUUUUCUUUUCCUGGGACUGAAAUGCGUGUGAAAAAAAUAUAGUCUUUAUUUUCUGUCCACUUUUUACCUCGUUAUUCCUCGUAUUUAUACCUUUAUUUACGCAGAUAGUGGUAUUUAAUUGAAAGAAAUCCUAUAAAACUGGUUUAAACGAGAUAAAUAUCAAAGUAAAUAUAUAAAGUUGAAAUAAAGCUAAAUAAAUAUGGUGCAUCAGUCCUUACUAGUUUUCAGUUUAUUUUCUUGAUAUUCAGAAGCAAUAAUAAUAACAACGAUAAUAGUAAUGAUAACAGGACUUACAACAACUACUGCUAACUCAAACGACGCAAAACAAUGAUAACAAAAAUGAAGACCCAAUAAACAGUUUUCGAAGU